AUGAGAAGUCGAAAGUUCUCCUUGGAGAGUGAAUGGGUAACACGUUUGGCUUUCUCAAGAUUACUUCCAAAUUUCAUGAUGCAGGAAUUCAUGGGUAGAAAUCUCCUUGCUUUGAAUGUCAUGUGGAAGUACAGGGAGCAGGGAUUUUUUCCAUUUACUGAAGAGGUAUUGAGGCUUGAUGAUGUGGCAAAUACAUUGAAAUGCUGGGGAGCUGUUUCUCAUAUCAGAAAUAGCUUAGAGAAGUCGAAAGAGAGGCCUCGGAUAGGGAAGGCAGUCAGCAUUUUCAUAGACAUGGAUGAGUCUGGAGGCCGAGCAAAUGAAUGGAUUUACAAGUAGACAUGGCCACGAUUUACUCAGAUUCUACUCUGCCAGUCGUUGCAGUCUGUAAAGAUAGAAGAGCCUGUCCAUCCAACAACUAAGGUUACACUUUGGUUCAUUAUCGUAGCGGUUGUUAGACUGAAGGAGGCCGAAGGCUUGAACAUGGCUUUCUCGUAUUUGUAGUCUGGUUCUUUAUUUUUUACUCCAUAGAUAGUUAGAUACCAUAUAGGCAUGCAAAGCGUGCUGACAGUGUCUUUAUAGUCUUACAUACACGACUAUAUUUAAGACCCAUUGCUUCUUUCGUAACUUUUCUGCCUGUGAUAUCUAGGUUUGUUAACUUGCUAUGUUCCUUAAUUGAAAUCCACUUAUGGGAA